UCCCUGCUCGCAAUCAGACGGGCGGCGGCAGCGGCACCGAAAGGGCGCCCACUGCCCGGGCGAGCUGCAAGGCGACCGCUCCUCGCGGGCGGCCGGGGUCCGAGCUGCAGCUGCCGGCGCCCUCCGGCCCGGGCUGCCGCCACAGGCAGCCCCGGCUCCCGCCGGCUCGCGGCGCCCCCCGGCCGCGCCCCCACGCGCUGCUCGCGGCCCCGGCCAUGGGGCUGGGCGGAUCCGAGGCUCGGCCGAGCUGAGGCGGCCGAGGCCGUCUGCUCAGCUCGCUCGCCGGCGCCUGGCCCUCACGAUGAUGAAGAAAAAGAAGUUUAAGUUUAAGGUUGACUUCGAGCUCGAGGAGCUCUCCUCGGUGCCCUUCGUCAACGGGGUCCUCUUCUGCAAGAUGCGGCUGCUGGACGGCGGCAGCUUUACCGCGGAAUCCUCCAGGGAGGUGGUGCAAGCAAACUGUGUUCGCUGGAGAAAGAAAUUCUCAUUUAUGUGCAAAAUGAGUGCCAGUGCCUCCACCGGCAUCCUGGACCCUUGCAUCUACAGAGUGUCUGUACGGAAGGAAUUAAAAGGUGGCAAAGCUUAUGCAAAGCUGGGCUUUGCAGAUCUAAACCUGGCAGAGUUUGCUGGAUCAGGAAAUACCACUCGUCGCUGUUUACUGGAAGGCUACGAUACCAAAAAUACAAGACAGGACAAUUCCAUUCUUAAAGUUUUGAUCAGUAUGCAGCUGAUGUCUGGUGACCCAUGUUUUAAAACGCCUCCCUCCACAUCCAUGUCAAUACCCAUCGCCGGAGAACCCGAGUCUCUAGAAGAGGAUAGAAAAGGCGGGGAGACACUCAAAGUGCAUCUUGGAAUAGCAGAUCUUUCAGCAAAGAGUGCCUCUGUUCCAGAUGAACUUGGUGCCUGGGGACAUUCUAGAACAUCAAGCUAUGCAAGCCAGCAGUCCAAAGUAUCAGGGUAUAGCACGUGUCACUCCCGGUCGUCUAGUUUCUCCGAGUUCUGCCACCGAAGAAAUACCUCAGUGGGAAGUACAUCAACAGGAAUUGAAAGCAUUCUGGAGCCAUGUGAUGAAAUUGAGCAAAUCACAGCUGAACCAAAUCCUGACACAGCCGAUAAAGAAGAAGAAUUCCCUGAGAAACUCACCAGGUGCCCGGUGAAGCAGGAUUCUGUUGAAUCUCAGCUGAAGCGGGUUGACGACACCAGAGUGGAUGCGGAUGACAUCGUGGAGAAAAUCCUGCAGAGUCAAGACUUCAGCCUCGACUCCAGUGCAGAAGAGGAAGGACUGAGGUUAUUUGUGGGGCCUGGGGGAAGUACAACCUUUGGCAGCCAUCACCUUCCAAACAGGGUAGGAUCUGGAGCCUACGAGCAGGUUGUGAUCAAACGCUAGAAGUGACAUCAGCAGACAGAAGCUUCCCUGUGUAUGUGAGCUGUGGACAACAGGUAUUUCGAGGUGUUUUAGUCAAGCAUGUAAGAAAAACGACGACCCUGUUUUCAAAGUGACAUUCAUCUGUGAAGAGGAAAGCAAUGCUGACUCCUUCCCAAAGCCCCCUCCGCCAUCAUUUCCAAGACACUCACCCCCUGAGGGAGCAUGUGAAUGGAGG